AGCGGCGGGGCCGGCCGGCACCGGAGCUGCCCGGGGGGCUGCGCUCCUGCCCCGCCUGGCUCUGCUCCGGCGCGGCGCGCUCCGGCCGCUCCAUCCCCCGGUGCGCCUCUGGUGCCGCCGCGAUGAGCGCGGAGCUGGACGGCGUGUCCGUGCACUCCUCCUCCUCCUCGUCGGGCUCGCUGGGCUCGGCGGCGGGGCCGGCGCCGCGGCCGCUCUCGGCGAACGUGCGGCGGCUGCACCAGGCGCUCACGGCGCUGCUGAGCGAGGCGGAGCGGGAGCGCUUCAUCCUCUGUCUCAACGCCUACCACGGCCGCCGCAACGUCUGCGACCUGGUGCGCUCCCUGCGCGCCCUCCUCGACGGGCCCCGCCGCCGGCAGCUGCUGCCGCUGCUGCGCCUCGUCCUGCCGCGCUCCGACCAGCUCCUCUUCGACCAGUACACGGCCGAGGGGCCCUACCUGCCGCCGCCCGGCCGCCCCCCGCCGCCCCCUGCCCCGCCGCCGGUGGUCCCGGGCGAGCUGCGGCAGGUGACGCUGCGCCGGAGCAAAGCCCACGAGGGUCUGGGCUUCAGCAUCCGCGGCGGCGCCGAGCACGGCGUGGGCAUCUACGUGUCGCUGGUGGAGCCGGGCUCCCUGGCCGAGCGGGAGGGGCUGCGCGUCGGCGAUCAGAUCCUGGGAGUCAACGGCAAGUCCCUGGACAGGGUGACCCACGCCGAGGCGGUCAAGGUGCUGAAGGGCUGCAAGAAGCUGAACCUGUCGGUGCACUCGGUGGGGCGCAUCCCCGGGGGUUAUGUCACCAACCACAUCUACACGUGGGUGGACCCGCAGGGCCGCAGCGUGUCCCCUCCCACGGGGCUGCCCCACCACCAGAACAGCUCCCUGCGCAGGGACAGCGAGAAGAGGAGCCACCUCCAGCUCCUGCAGGAGGGCGAUGAGAAGAAGGUGAAUCUGGUCCUGAACGAAGGCAAAUCCCUGGGCCUCAUGAUCCGAGGAGGAGCAGAAUAUUCCCUGGGCAUCUACAUCACGGGUGUGGACAAAGGCUCUGAGGCAGAGAGCACUGGCUUGAAGGUGGGAGACCAGAUCCUGGAGGUGAAUGGCCGGAGCUUCCUGAGCAUCCCCCACGACGAGGCCGUGAAGCUGCUCAAGUCCUCCCGUCACCUCAUCAUGACGGUCAAGGACAUCGGGCGCCUGCCCCACGCCCGCACCACCGUGGACGAGACCCGCUGGAUCACCAGCUCCCAGCUCGGAGAGACCCUGGUCAGCUCAGCAGGGGCAGUGGGUGACCAUGCUAUGGACGUGGCAGCCAGGCCUGUCCCCUGUCCCCUGCAGCCCGUGUUCUACCGGGGGCUGGCCGGCUCGCAGGUGACCCUGAGCACCAUGGUGAGCCAGACCCGCGUCAUGCUGGAGGAGCAGGCCCGGCACCUGCUCAACGAGCAGGAGCGGGCCACCAUGGGCUACUACCUGGACGAGUACAAGGAGGGCAACAUCUCCGUGGACGCUCUGGUCAUGGCACUCUUCGAGCUGCUCAACACGCACGCCAAGUUCUCGCUGCUCUCCGAGGUGCGGGGGGUGAUCUCCCCACAAGACCUCGACCGCUUUGACAACCUGGUGCUGAAGAGGGAGAUCGAGUCCAUGAAGGCCCGGCAGCCUGUGGGGCCCAGCACCGACUCCUACUCCAUGAUGUCCUACAGCGACACCGUCUCGUCCUCCAGCAGCCACUUCACUGCCACCACCGUCAGCUCAGCCCGGGAGCGGCUCCUGUGGCUCAUAGACCUGAUGGAGAACACGUCAGAGCUGGAGGGAGCUGGGGACUGCCACCAGAGCAGCAUCAACACCCUGCCAGACGUGUCCCUGGAUGAUCUCUCCUCCUUCCCAGAGGAACCACCCAACUUCAAGCCUCCUCCUCCUCCAUCAGCCCCCCAGACCCUGGACCCCUCCUCUGCCCAGCACCGGAUCCCAGGGAAGGACAAGCCCAAGCGCCCCUCCUCCGAGUCCUCCCAGUCUGGCCUUUUCUUCGUGGCCCCCCGAAACCCCUCUCCCCCUCCCAACGCCCCCGAGAAGGACACGGUCAGCGUGGCCUCCACGGCCUCCACGUCCACCGAGGAUUCCGCCCCCAGCGCCAUCUACGCCACCAUCUCGCCGUCCCUGCACAGCUCCCGCCGGCCGGCGGACGCCCAGCUCUCCGUGGUCAGCCAGCACCCCAUCGGGCCCUUCCCCAGGGUCCAGUCCCCAACCAGAUUGAAGAGCCCAUCCCCGGAGGGGCUUCAGAGCCCCCCAUCCCCCUCCCCUCCUCCCCCACCCCCGCACCCGGCGCCCCCUCCCCCGGACAAGGGCAGCCCCCAGGCCGUGGCCAACCAGCAUUUCAUCAUGGUGGAGGUGCACCAGCCCAACAGCGAGCCCGACGUCAACGAAGUGAGGCCCCUACCCCAGGCCAGAGCCUCCACGCUCUCCCAGCUGUCGGACAGCGGGCAGACCCUCAGCGAGGACAGCGGGGUGGACAUCGGGGAGGUCGAGACGAGCGGCAAGGACAAGAGCCGGCAGCCAGGCCCCGGGAAAAGCCGGAGCCUCAAGGAGGCCGCGAGGAGCGAGGGGGUGCCAGAAGGGGCCUCCAAGCCGCCAGGACUCCUGGAGCCCACGUCGUGUCUGAUCCGGGUGUCCAAGAGCGCUCCCACCUUGGGCAUCGCCAUCGAGGGCGGCGCAAACACGCGGCAGCCGCUGCCCCGCAUCGUCACCAUCCAGCGGGGAGGCUCAGCACACAACUGCGGGAAGCUGAAGGUGGGACACGUCAUUUUGGAGGUGAACGGCACGGGGCUCCGAGGAAAAGAGCACCGGGAAGCCGCCCGGAUCAUUGCUGAGGCCUUUAAGCUGAAGGAAAAGGACUACAUCGAUUUCUUGGUCACAGAAUUCAACGUCGCCCUUUAGGAGCGGGGCUUUGGCGGAUGGGGAGCACUGGGAUGGGGAUGAAGGACGGCGCCGAGGGGUGACAGCAGCGUCCCACUGCACGCAGCCCUCGCCCGCUGCGCCACCCCGCACGCGCAGACACCCCCGGCUUGUCCCCAACUGUCCCUGCGCCCGCUGCAGACUCGCUGCCUGCAUAGGGCAGGCUGAGAACGGGCAGAGAUCAGUGCACGUCCCUUGAAGUCCCCAUCCCUGUCCUCUCUGGAGCAGGGAACAUCCUCUCCCCCUCGGCCAGGCUGGGAGCGGGGUGGGAGGGCGGCAGAGUCUGGGUGUCCCCGCUGUCAUUUGAGUGCCACACACAGAGCGAGGUGGGCCCGUGGCUCAGGCUGGAGGGGUUUUUGGGGGGUUGCUGCUCCCUUGGGUGCGUGUCCCCAAGGUGCCCAGGUGGGUGGCACUGGCCAUGGGUGGGGAUGCAGAGAGAGCAACCGGAGGCCUUGUAAAUCGCUGGCAAUGUCGUCGUAUUUAUAUAUACAGAGCUUGUGCUUUUAAUUUUUCAAUAAAUCUAUCAGGGUAGAAAAAA